AUGUCUGCACGUCGUCGGCGGAAGGACGCCAAUGCAGCCGCAGUGACCGUCGCAACGCCGGCCGCGUGCCGCAUCACCUUCGCUACCAUCUCGGCGCUGAAGCCAGCGGGCGCCGACUCAGACAUGUGGCACGCGCAGCAAAUGCUGGUGCAGCAUGCGCAGCAGCUGCUCGGCGGCCUGCGAAUAGAGCAGGAGGGGCGGCCCCGUGGUCUCCUUCGCCACCACCGUCCCCGUGGCGCGCCACUGGCAUGGCUCCGCAUCGGCAAAAGGGGGCACCAUGCAGGGGACAAGCAGCAGCAUGUUGAGGAGCAGCAGCAGCUGCCUCAGCAGCAGCAGCAGGAGCAGCAGCAGCAGCAGCCACAGAAGCAGCAGCGGGCGGCGCAGAGGCGAUUUCCCCUCUCCGCAAAGCAGCUUGAGGAGCAGCAGCGGCAGCAGCAGGAGCAGGCGGCGGCGCCCGCGAGCGGCAAGGGCGUGCCGAGCGGCCAGAUGCUGGUCGCUGCCGCAACCACCGCGGCGACCACGCUCAUCGCCGCCGCCAGCAGCAGCCUCCCAGGCGCCAAGCACUCCCAGCCCCACCCCCAGGCGGUGCUUGCCGUCACCGCCGCAGCCGGCGGCUGCGCGGGCGCCCCGCCGGAGGGCGUGCAGCGCAACCAGCUGCGGCACCGGCGCAAGGGCGACGCACCGCAGGACGACAAGGGGGAUGACGUGGUGUGCGUCGAGGCGCUGGAGGGGGGCCGACGGCGGGUGUACCGGCUGCGGUGCGGCUACGAGGGCGGGCGGCACUGGCACGGCUUCGACAUGGUGGAAGACGAGCAGACGCACCAGGGGCGUGCGAAGGAGCUAGUGAAGAGCUAUUUGCUGCCGCAG